AAAAUAGAAUUUUGGAAAUAGUACUUUAAUGUAGCCAUGUUGGAACAACGCAUAGGACGCGGCGUACGUUACAAUGUACCGUCGCUUGACAAAUAUUUUUUAAUUUAAUUAGUCUUGUGUUUUUUUUUAUCGAUGUUUUGUUUCGAUAUUAGCCUAUAUUUCUAUAUAAUGUGAGAAAUAUGAAAUUAAAAAGAUAAAAAUAGCUAUAUUAUUCAUUCGUUGUUUGUAAGAGAUAUUAUAGGUUAUAAACGCUCGCAUGCUUUAAUCGCAAACGCGCGUACCUUUCGCGUUUAUCUGUGGUAAAAUGAAUUUUUCCGGAAAUAAUAUAAUCCACGGUGCACUCCCACAAUUUUCGGAGUUAACGUCUCGUUCAAGCACAGUUUCCACUUCGAAAUUUACUAGUAGUGAUAAUACUCAAGUAGAACAAACAACUGUUUAUACAACUGCUGCUGUAUCGAAUCAAACAAAACCAAGUUUAUUGAUAAAUUCAACGAAUAAAUAUACGGGGCCAAUAUUAGCAUGGCCAAAUCCAAAUACUUUGAUGCAACUCUGUGAAAAGCAAGGCAUUCAAACCAUUAACAUUCCUAAUUACAAUCAGAAUAGUCCAAUACUUAGUGUUCAGACAAAUAAUUUACCCGUAAGGAUUAUACCUAAUAUGUACUUACCAUCAACUUCACAAUCAGAAAUUAUAAAACAAGAAUUAGAAACAAGAACUGAAAAUGGAAAACAAAUAUCUACAAUGUUAAUAUUUCAGCAAGAUUCACAACUUCAACAACAAAGUGCCAUGGCAGAAUAUUUCCAAAAAUUACAAGCUACUACACUUCCAUUAACAUUACAACAGUUGAUUAAAUUACAAACAGAACAGGUGAAGAAAGAAAAGACUGAAGAGGAGAAAGUGGAGCACACGCAAAAUAAUAUUCUUAACAUUCCCAGUGUUCCAGUAUUUAGAAAUACUCAUUUACAGAAUGGGAAUAAUACCUUUAUGAACUCAGAUCAAAUGCUAGUAUCUAUAAAUCCGAAUGAUUUAAAUGUUCAAAUAGAAAACCAACAAGAAAACGAGAAUACAGUGCAAACUAUUAAAGUAGAACAACAAAUACAAACAGACUCGCCAAAGACCGAGAAAAAAAUGAAAUUUCGAGCGAAAACCGGAGAAAUUAAAAUCAGUGUUGCUUUAGAUGGUUCGACACUUUAUUGUUGUCCAGAAUGUAAUUUAGCAUUUCCGGAUAAGACAGAAAUUGAACAACAUAUACAAGCUCAUAUACAAGAACGCAAAUAUCAAUGUAAAGAAUGUGGUGCAAUGUUAAAACGAAAGGAGCAUCUCGAUCAACAUAUGCGCGGUCAUUCGGACGAAAGACCAUUUAAAUGUCCAGUAUGUCAAAAAGCAUUUAAGAGAAACGAACAUUUAACGAGGCAUUACGUGAUUCAUUCUGGCGAUAAGAAUUUUUCAUGUUCAGUAUGUCAAAAAGCUUUCUCUAGGAAGGAUCACUUGAAUAAACAUACUCAAACACACUUAGGAAUUAGGAGAAAUAGAACAAAGAAAGAUUCUUUUUUCAUGGAACAAAAAGAAUCUUUCGAUAAAGCUUCUGAAAUGUCUAAACAAGAAGUAAGUUUUGUGCUGAAAGAUGGUUUCAUGAAACAAGAGCCUAAUUUUCUCCAGUAUAUUCAACAUCUUCAAAAGGAUCAGAAUCUGAUCCACACAUUCUCCUCAUUUAAGGAACAAGCAAUGAAAGAAACGAAUAUAUUACAACAACAAGCAGUUAACAUGAAUGAAAUUCUGCCUCAGAAUACAAGGUACUUAAUGCCGUCUUAGUCAUAAAUAAGUCCAUCUAAAUCCAAAGCAAUAAAGGCUGUUCGUAUGGGAGUGUUGUGGUUAGCACAAAAUAGAAAAUUGAUUAAAUAUAUAUUAGGAAUUGCAACCUAUUCUAUAAUUUGAAAAUUGAAAUUUUCAAAAAAAAAAAAAAAAAGAUGAGAAAAAGACAGCACUGAAAAGAGACUGAGGUGCAAUUGAUUAAUCAAUAUCCAUUAAUAAUAGAUAAUGAUUUUCAUAAUAAUUGAUUUGAAUGAUUGAAUUCUAAGCUGAUUAAAUUUCAACUAAAUUUUCAAUGAAUUUAAAACAUAACUAUUUUUUUUCGUUUCACAAAGGAAUAUUAGUAUUCAGUGAGCAGUACCUUAUAUUCAUAUUCUUAAUGAACACAUUAUAAACUACAGUUAAGUUCCAUUAUUCAUAUGAAAUAAUAUCAUUUAAUAGUAAUCCGCUACAAAGCCUGAGUGAGUCUAACAAUAAGUUUAGAUAAAUUGAAAUAAAAAAAAUAAUAAUAAUAACAAUAAUAAUAACAAUAUACAAAACAAAAAGAGCAAUCAAUUUGCAUUAGAGUACAUCAUUUAUCUUAUUUAAAUUAGCUAUAAAGAAAAUAGUUUGUUUAUUGAUUCUAGUCUAUGAUCA